AUGCAAGACUACUUAGACUCAAGUUUAGACUCAAUAGAAUUAGAGAUAUAUCACAAGCCAAAUCCAAAGAUUAGAUCUAUAAUGGAUUAUUUGAGAAAAUCAAAAUUGUAAUUCUGUACAGAUCCAAAAAAAAAAUAAGACGAUUAUUAUUCAAACUUAACCGAAUCUGUAGAUUAAUUCUCUUUGAGAAGAAAUAAAUUUGUAAAUAGAAAAAAACCUGAAAUUUCCAUAGACUGUCCAGCUCUUUGA